GGCGGCCCAGCGCUGCUGAGGCCCCGGAGCCGCGGCGCAGGGCGGCGGGAGCGGGCGGCCGCGGCGUGGGCGGCGGUGCUGGGCCGGCGGGCGGCCGGGCGGGGCUGAGGCAGGGCCGGGAAGCCGGGAAGCCGGGAAGCCGGGAAGCCGGGAAGCCGCCGCCACCGCCUCGGCCGGGGAUCUCGGGCCCCGGGUGGGCUCGGCAGGGCCCCGCCCCGCCACGCCCCUGCGCGCCGAGCAGGCCGAGGCGGAGCGGCGCGCCCCCCGCGACGCCGGAGCCCGAGCCCGAACGCAGCGGCAUCCAAGCGGGAACCGGAGCGGGAGCGGAGCCAGAGCGGGAACCUGAGCUGGAGCCGAAGCUGGAGCCGGCAGUGCGGCGCACGGAGCGGAGCGAGGCAGCCAAGCCGAGUAAGGGGCGUGGGGCCGGGGGCGGCGCUGGGGAGGGGCGGGGAGGGGGUCCCGGUCCCUUCCCCCGCGCUCUGCUGCGGCCCCGGCGCAAGCACACACCCGGGGUCGCUCAGCGCGGUCCGCGGCGGAUCCGCAGCGCGCUCCGAACAGGAACCCCGCUCUCCCGCGGACCCCGGCCCCGACCCCCGCGCCCCCGGGCGGGCCACCGGGACUCGCGCGGGCCGUGGCUGCCCCUGAGCAUGCCAUCGGGCCGCAGGGACGGAGAGGUCUCCCGGUUCUUGCCCGACUUGAGUCCCAAACAAACAUCCACCCCACGGAGGGAGCAUAAGACAGUCUUCACGACCCCGCGCCCUCGGUUUCGCGGACCCCUGAACAACCCACCCAAGAAGGGUAAACUAGGACGCACUUUUCGUCGGGGUAGGAGAGGAAAGGGGCUCUGGGCUUUGUGGAGUUUGAAGCUAGAACCCACCCCCGCCCCUCGAGCCGGGAAGUUUGACCCUCCGGCGGGCGGGCCACCAGGGCCAUGCCCCCGCUUCGAUGCCUACCACGCUGGCCUGUCUCAGCACCAUCGGUGGGAGAGGUGGUGUCCCCGCCGCACCUUCUCCAGCUCCGGGGCCGACUUUCCCUGGCGCGGUAAGCGGGACUCGAGGCUGAGUCCGAGGCGGCUGCUCUGGCUGGCUGCGCAGCGCCAAGCGGUACAGCCGCCUCUCCCUAAUCGCUCUCGCAAGUUGGGUAGUGCCCACCAGACCCACGGCAGACUCGCACGACCCUCCCCCUCUCCCCAUCGGCCCGGCGGUCCUGAGGCUGGCGCGCGGAGGACCCAGGGCUGCCCUCCUGAUCCCACGCGCCGUGCCAGCGGAGAUGGCCAGGCCCAGGCUGGGAAGGGGAGGGCACCAGUGACAGGUGUGAGCGGCGGGGGCUCCAGGAGCUUGGUCCUUGGUCUUGAUUCACACAGUCCAUGGGCACCUGCCUUGCGCAAGCCCCCCCUGACUCUCCUCAAACAUGCUGACUGCUCUACUGGAACAAGUGGCUUCACCUCCCUGUGCCUCAAUUGCCUCUGCUGACCAGCGACUGAGCCACGAGGCACCAGAAAUGAUAACCCUUGGAGAGGAAAUGAAGCCCGUGGCUGACUGAGAGGUUAGAAGUUCAGAGCUGGAAGGGCCCCAGGAAGAGAUCUGCCCAGUCUGUGCAGCUGGGGCUUCAGACCCAGAGCAGAACCAAUGAGGCCCAAGGCCUGGGAGAGGAUGCUGGAAUCCUUGGGGUGGCAUGGAGGGUGUAGGUAACCAGGAGCAUCGUUGGGAAGAAAACAAGUGUCCAGCUUGUGGACACCCGCGUUAGUCCUGCUCACCUGUGCCCCAGCUGUGAGAAUGGGGGGAUGUGGGGGGUCUGUCCACAUGCUGCCUGGUGGGGACCUAGUGAGACAGGCAGAAUGGGCUGCCUCCUGGGGGCUGUUUCUACACAAACCCCCCCCCCCGGGUCGUCUUCUUCCUCUGUAGCCUACUCCCACCCCUCCCCCAUUCACCCACCAGGGAGUCACAUCCCAGCAUCUUCCAUAAUCCUCACCUCUUCUUCCCAAAGGAGUUAAUCAGAAACUAAUUUAGGAGGUUUGUGUCACCUGGUUCACAGAGUGGAGUACAGCCAGGCAGCAACGUGAUGGGGAUACGGGCACCUCCUUCAGUCUUGGGGAAUAAUCAGUUAGACACACUCAGAUGCCUGUUACCUGAAGCCUUUGCCCUGGAAGUGCUCACAGCACAGGGUAAGGGACGAGAAGGUGGCAGCCAGCUCUCAGCCUCCUGAAGAGAGAAACUGAAGCCAGGAGGGCUUCUGAGUCCCCCUGGCACAAAGUACAGUUGUGGCUGAGAGCACGGCUUCUUGGAGCUGGACUGCCUGGGUUUAUGGCUUGUGAUUCUGGGCAGGAGAUUGACCUUUCAGAGCCUCAAUUUCCUCUUGAAAAGGGGAACAAAUAGUCUACAUCUCCCAGUAUAGUUGCGAGGACUGGAGAAACAAUAUACAGGAAACACGUGGCGGGGACGAAUGGACCCCUCGCAAUGGCCUUGCUAUGUCUGCAUUGUGAACAUGCACUGAAUGCAUGCUCUUUCCCAAGCAUAAGUAUUUUCUCUCUGGAGUCUGAGGACAGCCCUCUGAUCUAAGUACUAUAAUUGCCCCUAUUUUAUAGAUGAGAACACUGAGGCUUAGAAAGGUUAAGGACUAACUUUGCUAAGUAUAGAAAACUUAAAACAUCACUAUGACUCAUCAUAAUUUUAUGAGUUUGUAAAACUGAUAAUUAGCACAUUGCAUCUUAGACGAUAUGUAAUUAGUUAAUGGAAUGCUUCCUCAAUGGAGAUCUUCAAUCAUUGUAUCUUUAUGUGUUAAUUGCCCAUGGGCUAUAGAAUUUUUAGAGACAUCUUCAUUUUUUUUCUAUUCAAACAGUAUCAAACUGAUGUAAAAGAGCAGCUCCCCCCGCAUUUAUUCCCUAUCUCUCUUCUCUCCAUUUUUCUCCAUAGCGCUUAUCACCCCCAACAUUUAUAUAUCUUACUCAUUUGUUUAUUGUCUGCCCUCAUCAAUAUAAUGUAAACUCCCCAAAGGCAGGGACUUUUAACCAUUUUGCUCACUCUCAUAUCCCCAGGGACUAGAACAAUAACCAGCACUUCGUAUGCUUUGCAAAUUAUAAAGUGUUUUACAAACAUAAGGUCUAUUAUUGUUAUUAUUAUUGCCAAGUGUCUAGUUUGCCUGAAGAUAAACCUUAAGGUUCACGGCAGAAACUGUUCUCUCAAAAAUCUGGCAAAUAGGACCUGCUCAAGCGCCAGGGAAAAUGUGAUGAAGGUUAAAAGCAGUGGAGAUUAUUUUCCUAACAUGUUAAUAAAGCUCCUUAUCAGUAAGUUCAAAGACAAGUUAACUUUUUUAAAUUUUGGCAAAAAAUGGCAUGUUCAAAGGCAAUUACAUUAGCGCUUAAAACUUCCGAUGAGUUAACUAUCACUGAUUUAUUCAGUUAAUUAUUCUUUAUUUUGUUAGCAUAAAAGGUGUUUCUAAAUCUUCAUUUUAAUGAUUUUUCAGAUUAUAAAAGUAAUACAUGUUCAUUGAAGAAAAUUUGGAAAAUCAUUCUUAAAAAAUAAAAGAACAUAAAAAGCCUCCUCCAUCCCACCACUGCCCAGAGAGUUCGUGACUGUGGGUAUUUUAGUCUAUUUCCUUUUAAUCUUUUUCUAUGUGUGAAUAUUUUCUCUAGUUUUUUUUUUUUUUUUGCCCUUACAAAAUAAGGAUCAUAUUGUAGGCAGAGUUCUAGAACCUGCUUACCUGGUGGGGUUUUUCCCCCCUCUUAACAGUAUACUGAAAGUCUUUUCUGUUAUUAAAAUUUCUUUAAAAACAUGAUUCCAUGGCUAUACAAUAUUCCAUUAUAAGCGUAUGCCAAACUUUUCUCAGCCUCUCCUCUCUUAUUGGACACUGGGGUCGCAUCCCAUGUUUCACCACUGUAAUAAUACUUUUCUAUGCCCUCUUUGGUGUUUUCUGGGCCCUGAAUCAGGCUUCUCUACACCCUUGGUCAGGACCUAUUUGCUGAUUUGCAGAUGGACCGGUUUGUGUAGUUAGUCAGUAUGUCAAGUCUUAGAAGUUGGGCCUUGGUGGCAGCGGGGAAGGCAGCUGAUCCAGUAGAGGACUGCUCCAGGUAAAUUAAGGCAACCUGAAGACCCAGUAACCUCCACGCAUUUCCUGACCAACCCAGUGUAGCACACAUGUGGCCAGAUGUUGCAUGGGGACAGAAGGCCUCCUUGCUGCAGAGGCUGUCACACACUUGGAUCCCUUUUCUAACAUCAGGACCAAGUUACUUGUUUGCAAACCUCUGUGUCCUCUGCCAGCCUCUCUGCCACCGUCCUCUCACUCUUUUUCAUUUGCUUCUUCAUUUAAUCACAUGACAAACGUUUACAGGCAUACCUCGUUUUAUUGCUCUUCAUAGAUAUUGCUUGUUUUUACCAACUGAAGUUUUGGAGCAACCUUGCGUCAAGCAAGUCAUAUCCAUGCCAUUUUUCCAACUGCAUUUGCCCACUUCAUGUCCCUUAUGUCACAUUUUGGUGAUUCUCACAACAUUUCAAACUUUUUCAUUGCUGUUGUAUUUGCUGUGGUGAUCUGUGACCAGUGAUUUUUUUUUUUUUUUUGCUGUACGCGGGCCUCUCACUGUUGUGGCCUCUCCCGUUGUGGAGCACAGGCUCCGGACGCGCAGGCUCAGCAGCCAUGGCUCACGGGCCCAGCCGCUCUGCGGCAUGUGGGACCUUCCCGGACCGGGGCACGAACCCGCUUCCCCUAGCAUCGGCAGGCGGACUCUCAACCACUGCGCCACCAGGGAAGCCCUUUUUUUUUUUUUUUUUUGGUGACCAGUGAUUUUUGAUGUUACUGUCACAAAAAGAUUACCACUCACUGAAGGCUCAGAUGAUGGUUAGCGUUUUUUAGCAAUAAAGGUUUUUUUUCUUUUUUUUUUUUUUUUUUGGCCACGCCAUGCGGCAUGGGGGAUCUUAGUUCCCAGACCAGGGUUCGAACCCGAGCCCCCUGCAUUGGGAACAGGGAGUCUUAACUGGGCCGGCAGGGAAGUCCCAAUAAAGUAUUUUUAAAUUAA